GCCAGUUCCUGUUCCCGUUACCGUUCUCAUUCUCAUUCUCCUCGCCGUAGCUCCACUUCCACUUCCAAGUUCAUUUCCAUUUCCAGCUCCCAUCUCACAUUUCUCCCGGGUGCUGGAGCCACCAAUCAAACCGGCUCGUGCUCGAAACUCUCUCUCUCUCGGCUUCCAGUUUGAAGUACGGAUAAGUUGGAUAAAACGAACACUCACUCACGCGAGCAGGGACUGGAAGUCAGCCAAUGGCAUGAAACUACCCCGGUUUAACCCCGGCUCUGUGCGGCUUCGGCUGAUAGCAACUUAACUGAUCUGCGCACAGCGGGACCAGUUAGUCAGCCUUGCGCAGUCGAAGCGAACGGACGCGUCGCUCUUCGAGAAAAAAACGAAAAUAGAACGAGUCUUGGAAAGAAAGUUACCAGAAAAAAACACAUAGAACUUCUAAACCGCGAGUGUCAUAAAUAAAUAAAUAAUUAAAAAAAAUGGUGUUGACCGGUAUGACAAUGCCAAUGCCAGUGCCCCUGCCAGUGCCCAGUCCUCCGGCCACCAAGUCCCGGGUGACCAUCGACUGGGACAUCAACGACGCUAAGAUGCCGACGGUGGGGGAGUUCGACGACUUCAGCGACUGGGCCAAUGGACACUGCCGCCUGAUAUACUCCGCCCACAGCGACGAGGCCAGGAAGCACGCCAGUGGCUGGGCCAUGCGGAACACCAACAACCACAACGUCAACAUCCUGAAGAAGAGCUGCCUGGGCGUCCUCCUCUGCAGUGCCAAGUGCAAGCUGCCCAACGGCGCCAGUGUCCACCUGAGACCCGCCAUUUGCGACAAGGCCAGGAGGAAGCAACAGGGCAAACAGUGCCCCAAUAGAAACUGCAACGGACGCUUGGAGAUCCAACCCUGCCGUGGACAUUGCGGCUACCCAGUCACCCACUUCUGGCGACGAGACGGCAAUGGCAUCUACUUCCAGGCCAAGGGCACUCACGAUCACCCCAGGCCCGAGGCCAAAGGAUCCACGGAGGCCAGACGGCUCCUAUCCGGUGGAAGACGCGUGCGCAGCUUGGCCGUGAUGCUGGCCCGGGAGUCGGCCCUCAGCGACAAACUGAGCAGCUUGAGACCCACCAAGCGCCAGGCCAAGACCCAGCUGAUCCAGGAGGGCGGCAAACGCAAGCGGAUGAGUGGCCAGGAGAUCAGCCACAGUAGCCAGGAUAUGAUGGGAAUGCCAGCCUGCCUGCCGGUCACAUCCACACCCACAACACAGAACGGAAACUUCAAUCAGAGCCAAAGCACCUACAGCUCGACAGGAUCAGCGGGAGCGAGUCAGUGGAACGGGGAGAUCUACUACGGACAGGAGGGCCAGACCGGAUACCCCAACGGACUGUACGGCUAUGACAUGCUGCACUCGCCGCUCUCCUCGCACAGUUCCACGGGCAGCUACUACACGGAGAACCAGCCCCAGCAGAUGGCGCCACAACAGCAACAGCAACUGUCCCCGCAGCAACACCAGCAGCUAUCCUCCAGCUUCGAGCAGCCCAUCGCCUCCGGCUUCCAGUGCGGCAUGCCCCUGUACGAGAGCUGUGACGACACUUCCAGUCUGACCAGCAGCUCGGGCUACAGCUCCGAGGACUACAGCUAUUUCAACGGAGGAUAUCUGCCCAACGCCCUGGACGUGAGCAGCGGCAACCAGAGCCACCACCCCAGCCAGGACAGCAGUAGCUUCUAUACCACCAGCUCGGAGAUCUUCAGCGUGUUCGAGUCCACCCUCAAUGGAGGAGGAGCCACUGCAGUGGAUCUUCUGUACGACGAAGCUGCCACGUACCAGCAGUCGGGGCAGACCAACUUCCUGCCCCUCGCCAGCUACCAGCCGGAGCAGCAGGAUCAGCUGCAAAACGCUGACUACUACUACAGCAACUCGGGAGUGGACAACGUGUGGAACAUCCAGAUGGACCCGACCUACCCCCCAGCCCCAGUCUACUGCUAGGACUGCAGUCGGGGACCUGGUCCACAGAUCUCUGGCUCUCAAUCGCCAAUCGCCAAGAAGCCACUCAAGCGAUCCACUCAAGCGUUGUUCUAGUCCCUAGUUGGUUUCCAUUAUGUUCCCAUUGCUUGUUGGUUCUACUAUUAUGUAAGAGAUAUUGAAUUGUAUGUUUCUAGUUCGUACUCCGGUACUUGUUUCCCAGCUACUCCAAAGUUUUAGUGAAAGUAAGAGCAAAACCUGUAUCUGUAAUCCUUAAUCUUAAAUCUGUAAGAGUCUAGCCCACUAAGCCGCAUUGCCCACCUAUUUAUGAACAUUUUUGUGUAGUAAUAAACGAUUUUUGAGAAAACGAA